AUGGAUGGGAGCUGUGCCCUGCUCCUUGCUUUUGGGGCCAAGAGCGAAACAGCUACACCCUCUCCCCAUGGAGAUGGGAGAUGCCAGUCACUGUGGCACCAGCGCCUUUCUGAUAAGGAAAAAUUUGAAAUCUUCAACCUGGAUAUGAAGACUGGGGACACCCUGAAGGUCAGGGGCAAGAUAUCCGAUGAUGCUGACGGCUUCAGCAUCAAUCUCGGCUGCAGGUCCUCGGAUCUGGCACUUCACUUCAAUCCCCGCUUCAAUGAGUCUGUCAUCGUCUGCAACUCCAAGUGCUCCAAUACCUGGCAGGCAGAGCAUCAUGAUAACCACCUCUGUUUCUCCAGGGGCUGCACUGUUAAGAUCAUCAUUGAAAUGCUGGAAGACAAAUUCCAAGUGAAACUACCGGAUGGGCAUGAAGUGGAGUUCCCCAACCGGCACUGCUACGACAAGAUCAGCUACAUGAGCGUCAAGGGAGGCUUCAGGGUUACCUCCUUCAAGCUGGACUGAUGGGCGCCGCUUCCGAGCUCUAAU